AUGACUCGAAGUGAUGUGAAGAAGCGACUCGUGAAGAAAGCGAGUAAAAUGCCGAAUCCAAUUGAGAGCCUUAAAUGUGAAUAUCCCACCGAAACACUAUCAGGUGAGCCGUUAUCGUUUUCAUUUAUGUGGGGAACACAUUUGGAUGAGAAACUUUUCGAGUGGAUUUUCAAUUUGUUUGUGGUGAAUAUGCGUGCGUUUUAUGAGCUCUCACAAUGGGGCUAUGAUGAGCAGAGCAAAAAGCAGGAACUCUCAUCGACAACGUCGAGGUUUAACUUUGUUUUGUACGAAUUUUUGAAGAGUCCUAUCAUUUUUUAUUACAGUCGCAUACUUUUUUCAUCUUUUGAAAUUCAAGUCGAAGAGAAAUAUCAGUCGCAGGGAAUCGGGUCAAUAAUGAUCUCAAUGCUGGAAUCUCUAGGCAGAAAGUAA